AUGGCUGGUGCAAUUGUGUUCUCCAUCAUGAGAUGGAUGAUAAGCCAUGAGAACACUGCUUUGCCUUUCAAGAAACCAUCAUUAACUCAAGAUGUAACAAAGUCUGAUCAGAAAGAACCAUCAAGUUUCCAGGAAGAUAUGACCAAGCUGAAGAAGACGUUGUUGAAGAUUCAAGCUGUGCUCACUGAUGCUGAAGAGAGGGAAAUAAAGGAAGAGUCAGUGAAGCUGUGGCUGAGAGAGCUCAAAGAUGUUGCUUAUGAUGCUGAGGAUGUAGUGCAUGAGUAUGAGUAUGAGCUCCUGAGAGCCAGAGUUAGUCCAACCGGCAAGCGAAAACGAGGAGAGAUGAGCAGCAAAUCCAUCACUUGUAAUGACAGGAUCCAAGGUAUCAGGAUGAGGUUGGAAGAGAUCGAAAAAGAGCGUGAAGCAUUGAAACUAAGAGAAGAUGAUGGAGAAAGAAGGUUUGAUGCAAUUAUGCAACCAUUGGCAACCACAGAACUAGUAGAUGAGUCAACUGUUUAUGGUAGGGAGGAUGAUGUUGAUAAAUUGGUAGAAAUGGUUACAGGUGAAUGUAGUUAUUCAGUCAUUCCUCUAGUUGGUAUGGGUGGGAUUGGCAAGACAACUCUUGCUAAACUUGUUCUUAAAGAUCCCAGGAUUGGCAAGUGCUUCAACUUGAAGGUCUGGCUCUCUGUGUCUAUGGACUUCAAUGUCAUCAAGAUGAUGCAGAAAAUGAUGCAAUCUAUCACAAGUGAAUCUUGUGAACUCACAGAAUUGAGUGCAUUGCAAGAUGUUCUGAAGGAGGAGCUGAAAGGGAAGAGGUUGCUGCUUGUGCUUGAUGAUGUUUGGAAUGAAAAUCUGAGCCUCUGGGAUUGUUUUCGAGCUGGCUUGAUGGGCAGAGGGCAACAGAAAGAUCAUAAUGAAGAUCACUGCUGGUUAUUGUUCAAGAAGUAUGCAUUUGAUGCCCAAGACCCUGAAAUAAAGAGCCCAAACUUGGUAGAAAUUGGAAAGAAGAUCGUCGAAAAGUGUGGUGGCUUGCCUCUUGCAGUGAAGACUCUUGGAGGUCUGUUGCGAUAUGAAGCAAGUGAAGAUAGGUGGGAGGAUGUCUUGGUGAGUGAUCUAUGGGAUUUGGAUGAAGGAGAUGACAAUAUCUUGCCUGCCCUUAAGAAAGACCAGAUGAUCAGGCUCUGGAUGGCACAAGGUUUGAUUCAGAAUGAAGACAUUGGACAUAGAUGCUUUGAUGACUUGCUUCGAAGGUCUUUCUUUCAGCAUUCACAGGUGGACGAAGAUGAGCUGCCACAGUAUCAGUCACAUCUUUGGCUAUCUCAGGGAAAGAAUGUUGCAUGUUUGAAGAAGUGA